UGUUGGCUCUGGCGCCGCCGCCCGACGAAUCGCGAUGCGCGAGCUUCUCUCUCUCUCUCUCUCUCUCUAUCUGACUCGCGUAGCCGUAUGCAUAGACUCGGCAGCACUCAGUGUCCGACCGUGGUGGAAGCGUGCACGAAGCAGCAGCAGCACAGCUCGACUCGCUCGCAAGCUGCACAUGCUCUCGUAGAGUAGUACUCGUCGUCGUCGUCGUCGUCGUCGGUGGGACAGUGUGUUUUUUCCUCUCUCUCUCUCUCUCUGCCCCUCAUCUCUCGGUUCGCGUGUCCGGGUUCGGUUGUGCAGAGUCGCGCGCGCCGCGUCCACGAAAAAGGAGUGGGAUCUCGCGCUGCACACCCCGAGUGUCGGAGCAGAGUAUAUACUUGGAGCGUAUAGCAGCGGCAGCAGCAGCAGCUACUCUCUACCUGAAAGCAAGAGAGAGAGAGGGAGCAGCGGGCUGUGUGAGAAAGGGAUAUAGCAGCGGAGCAGUGCAGUUUGAGAGAAUUAGAGACGAGAGCAAGCUGUCCGGCAUCACGAGCGAGGAGAUGGCCUUCAACGGAGACGGGCCCCAUUCCAAGAGGCAGAGGCUCGAGGAGUCCGGCCACAGGAAUCACGAGUACAGCGGCUACGGUGACGAGCCCAGGCGCAAAAGGGAAGACAAUAACAAGCCGAACCACGUACUGCUGUUCACCAUAAUCAACCCGGUGUACCCCAUCACUGUGGAAGUCCUGCACGCGAUCAGCCAUCAGAGUGGCACGGUGCAGCGCAUCGUUAUCUUCAAGAAGAAUGGCGUUCAGGCCAUGGUUGAGUUUGACUCGGUCGAGUCCGCUACGCGAGCGAAAGAGGCUCUUCAUGGCGCAGACAUAUAUUCAGGCUGCUGCACACUGAAAAUCGACUACGCCAAGCCGACCAAACUAAAUGUGUACAAGAACGACUCGGAGAGCUGGGACUACACUACUCCGGCAAUAGGCGCAGGCAGCCACAAGAACGACACCAGCGGCAACGGCCGACCGGCGCCUCUCCUGGCAGAGCCACGUUAUGGCGCCGCACCUCAGCCCUACGGCUCUUCGGUGCCAGCAGGUGGCGUUCAGUUCGGCGCGACGGGAGCCGGUGCCCACGACAGAUACGAGGACACCUUCAGCGGGCCGCCCGGCGCCUACGCCGAGCCCUACGUCGAGCGCUACGGGCUCAAGACCGCGGCCGGACCCGAGUUCCCCGGACGCGAGCCCCUGCACCCGACGCCUCCGCGGCCCGGAUACGUCGCGGCUCUCGGCCAGGCACCGGCCACCAGCAGCCAAGGCUCCGUCAUGAUGGUUUACGGGCUCCAGUCUGACAAGGUCAACACCGACAAACUCUUCAAUCUCUUCUGUCUCUACGGCAACGUCAGCAAGGUCAAGUUCCUCAAGACCAAGGAGGGCUGCGCCAUGAUCCAGAUGGGCGACGGGAUCGCGGUCGAGCGCUGUCUGCAGAACCUGAACAACGUCACCAUCGGCCAGGACGGUAAGCUCCAGCUUGGCUUCUCGAAGCAGGCCUUCCUCUCCGACGUGACCAACCCCUACGUGCUGCCCGACAAGACGCCCAGCUUCAAGGACUUCACCGGCAGCAAAAACAACAGGUUUCUGAACCCCGCGAUGGCCAACAAGAACCGCAUCCAGCCGCCCUCGAAGAUCGUGCACUUCUUCAAUACGCCGCCGGAUCUGACCGAGGAGACGGUGAACCGAGUGUUCGUCGAGGCCGGCAUCGAGCCACCGACCACCAUCAAGCUCUUCCCGCUCAAGUCCGAGCGCUCGUCGUCCGGCCUCAUCGAGUUCAGCAGCGUCGGAGUCGCGGUCGAGGCCAUCAUGGAGUGCAACCACACCGCCCUCGACAACAGCAUACUGACCCUUACAGACGGCAAGUUCCCCUACAUAAUGAAGCUCUGCUUCUCCUCGUCGCGCACCAUACCCAGCAACUUCCCCCCGAGCAGCGCCGGCAGCUCGUCCUCCGCCUCGGCUAACAACGGCCACGCCAAAAUGCAGCAAGACUCGGAAUAGAACGGCGAGGCCCAGGGUCAGCAGCGUCAGCGCCAGCAGCAGCAGCAGCAGCAACAGCAGCAGCAGCAGCAGCAGCAACAACAACGGCAGCAGCAGCAACAGCGUCAGAGAGCCGCCCUCGGGUUAGGGCUCGGUCUGCACGCACCGCCGCCGCCGCCGCCCCAGGCGCUUUGCGGCCCCCAACAGGCGGCAGCAGCAGCGGCGGCCGCUCUCGCACUGUCCCCGGUCUUGCCUCCGCACCCGCCGCCCCUGCCCCCGCCGGCGGGAUGCCUCCUCAUCGCCGCGCCAAGCCUCGCCGCUCAUUAUCAGGCCCAACCGCCGCCCCCACCGCCCCCGCCCCUGCCCACCUUCUGGCCGUAUUAGAGGCCCGCCCGGUUCACCCCCCCCCCACCCCUUCUCCCCCGUCCCCGCUCACGCGCCACUGCUGUAGUGUUCAGAUUGCGACGUUUGACCACGACGACUGUGACCACGACGAGCCACUUUGACCGCAAGCCCUGCUCCCUCGAUACCGCGCGUGAUCGCGCGGUACGCAUAUAAAUAAUAUUGUCACGAUAAUCUCUGUCUCUGAUGUCUGACGAUGGCACGCACUGCAAACACACACUGCACAAUCCGACGCUUCAUAUUGUACCCGCUCGAUUUUGUAUUUUUCCCCGCCAUUGCAGCCGCGCCAUCUCCCGCCGCCACCCCAAGCAAGCACCUUUUUAUAUAAAAAGAAGCAUCUUAGAUCUCGCAAGCUCAUACUUUCACCAGAAGGCGUAUAAUGACGUAGACUUGACUUGGCCAUAUAUAUAUAAAUAUAUAUAUAUAUAUAUAUACAAAUAUAUGAUAUAUACCUUGAGUAUCGAAUAACAAGAUUGCUUCGAGGGUUGUGACGAAAGAAUUAUAAAGCAAACAAACUAAACAAACAAAUUUAUGACUUAAGCGUGCGAGAAAACGAAAUAUACGCAACACGAGCACUUUUGUCCAAUGACCGCGUGCGAGCGAGACUGCGAGAUGGAGAGUGUGCGAGAAAGUGAGGGAGUGAGAGAGAGAAAGAGAGAGAGAGAGAGAGAACGAGUGAGCGAGUGAGAAAAAGAGAGAUAGAGAGCCGAGUGCAUGCGAGAAAAAAAUUUAUAUUCGAGGCAAUAUUUGUUACAAUACGACUAGAGUGUAAGUUACGCACUGUGUGUACAAGCUCACUAUAUGAAGAUAAAAAAAAUAUACAUUUCGAGGAGCGAAUAGCGAAGAAGGAGAGCGCGCGAGAGAGAGAGAGAGAGAGCGAGACAGGAGAGGAGGAAAGCUGAACGCUAUAUGUCGCGGCGCUAAAGGUAGACUAUAUACGCGCGCGCGCGCUGAGCACCAAUAAUACCUAUAUAGAGUUCUUUAAAAGAUAUUCUAAAUACAGAAUAUUCAACAACAGGCACUAAACCGCUCUGCCCGCGUUCGUGCAGAAUCUAUAAAGCGUCGAUUCUUCCUCGAAGAUCCCCUUCGACUUCUUUUCUUCCUUUAUUUCUGCAGGUUAUUUGUUCCUUUCACGCCUCCUUGUUUUUCCUCCCGGUUUAACGACGGUCGGUUAUACUUUUUUUCUCGGUUCGCGAUAAUUUCCGCGUUUCCGAUAUUAUAUAGGUCCUCUUAUACGCAUAUUCGCAUUAUUUUUCCUCAUCAUCAACAUUAUUAUAAUAAUUGUCGAUUUAUGUGUGAUUUUUGUGACUUAUAAAUACGAUCGUAAUGUGAACUUACGUUAAUUAUCCUAGAUUCAUCAUUAAUUAAGGAUUUACUUAGGUUUACAUGCAAUUAUAAAUUUGUUAUCUUGGACAAUUUUUAUGAAUUUCACACAAAUGUGAAAAGUCGUAAGAUAGCUAUAAGGUAUUAGACCUAAAGUAAUCAUAUCGCAGUAAGUAAAUUUGUAGAUGUACAUAUUCUAUAUGUAAAUGUGAUCACGGAGAGAGCUGCUCUUUCGAAUCAAGAGAAUAUUGUCAUUUUUGAGAUACAAGUACACGUAUUUUGUAAUUUGUGGUUUAAUUUUCGCUACGAAUGAACGGAAAUUAAAUUAUUACUGUUUGCAAUAAUGAUUGAUUACUCGCUUGUCGAUGAUGAAUUAAAUUUUUUAAUCAAAUGAUGGCUCAGAACAUAUACA